CCUGCCAUCACUAUUAUUGCAGGUUGGUUUAAUCAUGCUGUUCGAAUCAGCACUGAAUAGCAAGUUUUGACUUCGAGUUCUUCGACCGGCAUCCUACUUCUACAUGCAAAGUUGCCCAACAAUGCUACCGUUCUGACUUUUGACUUUUCCUCAUGGCCGAUGGUCAGAACAAUGCAUCAUCUUUCCGCCACAGUAAACCAAACUUGAUGCAUUCGCGUCCCUUGUCGACUAAUAUUACUGGUCUUAAUAAGUUUUACUUGCCUGAUUGGGCCUCCUAGUAAGGGGCACAUCUGUUUUUUGAUUGUCCCCUUCCUUUGUCCGAUCUAAUUUGGACAUAGUCUUUCCUCUUAACCACUCUCCCACCCCCCGCUUUGGCCUGAAUUCUGCGCGAAAUAAAAACCUGGGCUCUCAAUGACCAUGACACGUUACACCAGCCUCCACAUUUGCGGCCUAUCCGAGCAUCUCGAAUUCAAUCUGCCUAACUCCUCACCUCAAUCAUGUGUGCUCAUUGGUAUCCCGAAGGCUACGUCUUACCUACCUCCACUGCAUAUCCUCCUGGUCCACACCAUCCAUCCUACACUCCAAAAGUAACGAGCCAUCAUGGUGCUCCGAAACCGUGGUACGCGCCACAUGGUCAAGGCAGCUCUCAAGAACGUAGUCGUCCCUCCCCCUCUCCCGCAUCUCGCUCGUCUUCAAGUUCGCAUACACAUACCUCAACCGAUGGCUUUUCCGCGUCUAUGCCAAGUCACACUAUGGCUGGAAUCGGUGAUCCGGGCUUAGUUUCUGGUGUUGACUAUUUCAAGAUCGGAGACACUGUCCGUGUUCGACGCCUUACAUCUUCCAACACUUACACAGACUGGGCUUAUGGUCAAGUUACGCGUCCACAUUUGAAGCAAUACAGGGUAGGUAUAACCUUUUCUUCGAACACAACAGAACCAGAACGAGUCUACUACGUUUCAUACAUCGAUCCCCGUAACGGCGAGCGCAAGGAGAGCGAAUUCAGCUGUCACCGGAAAGAAAUUGCGCCUUUUCAUGAACGACGAGGGGGUCAGUCCCCCCUUGUAUUCGCGUCCAUCCCUUCAAAAUCCUCCUCCAAAGGCCACGUCUGGAUACCCGCGAAUGUGACUAACGUUUCCGACUCAGGUGUCGAUGUCAAAGUGGCGGCUACUCAUGUUCAACAUGGCUCCCCUACACAUUUCAGAGGCGUUCAGGCCCUUGUCCCUCACAACUCAUCCGUUGUUCGAUCUCUCAAGGCUGCGGGACAUAAAAUAAUGGGCGAUAGGCAUUGAAUAUUAACCUUUCAUGCCUACCGUUGAUCUGCGCUGCGCCAGUGUAUUGAC